AUGUCCCGUAAACAGGCGGCGCGGGCGCGGCCCGGGAAGGCGGAGGUGGAGCGGAAGCGGGACGAGCGGGCGGCCCGGAGAGCGCUGGCCCGCGAGAGGCGCAACCGGGCCCAGGGCGAGGGUGAACCCGACGGCGGCGGCGGUGGCCUCAACGACCAGCUGCGAGCGCUCGGACUGCGCCUGCGCGAAGUUCCGGGCGACGGGAACUGCCUCUUCAGGGCCCUUGGGGACCAGCUGGAGGGCCACUCGCGGAACCACCUCAAGCACCGGCAGGACACCGUGGCCUACAUGAUCCAGCAGCGGGCAGACUUUGAGCCCUUCGUGGAGGACGACGUCCCCUUCGAGAAGCACAUCGCCAAUUUAGCCCAGCCGGGCACAUUUGCCGGCAACGACGCCAUCGUGGCCUUUGCGAGGAACAACCAAGUCAGCAUCGUCAUUCACCAGCAAAACGCCCCCCUCUGGCAGAUCCACGGGACGGACAAGAGCAGCGCCCGAGAGCUCCACAUUGCGUAUCGCUACGGCGAGCACUACGACAGCGUCCGAAAGAUCAACGACAACUCGGCGUCACCCGCUUGGCUGCAGACAGAGAUGCUGUGCCCAAAUGAAGCCAAAAUCAGGGAGGCCCCCCAGGCGAAGGUGGAGGGGCAGCAGCCGAGAGAAGAGACUCGGGAUGAAAUGGAGGACGCCCUUCAGAAAGUCCGCAACGCCACCGGGUGCUCGGAUGUGGAUUUCAUUGCUCAGGUCCUGGAGGCAGAAGACUACAGCAUUGAGUCCGCCGUCUUUGCCGUUUUCCAGAUGAAAGAGUUGGAAAAACUCCACGCCGAGGAAAACCGGGCCACGAGGCCGAACCCGCAGCCCAGGCCGGCCCCGUGGGACGAGAAGGGAGGCCACGGCUGGGGUUCGGGCCGCCAGGAAGUGGGAAACAACAAUAACCCCCACGGGAACCUCGUGGAAAGGAACCGCCCGGGUCAAAAGGGCUCCACCAAGCAGAAGAAGGAGCUUCAGCGGUUGGAGAAGAAAAAGCGGCAGGAGGACCGGCACCGGCAGAAAUUCCUGACCGGCAAGGGCGGCCCCUCGGACAAUAACGCCGUCGGCAGGGAGCCCGAGUCCCGGGUCACCCUGGUGAAGACUUUUGCGGCCCUCAGUCUCUGA